GUCAAUCAAUGUUAGAAAUUUUUAAUUGUUUAAUUAAUGUUAUUCAUACAGUUUAUAAUUCAAGGAUGUUUACUUUAUUGAAAUUGAAAUAAAAAUAUAAUUUCAUUAAAAAGUGGAUUAAUGUCUUUAAAUUAUUAUUCUCAGAUUAAAUUGGAAAAAAAAUAUUUAUCCUAAUCACAAAUUCACAAUAUACCGGCAUCAAAUUUCUUAUAUGAAUUGACAAUGGUCAAUUCUGAAAAAGUUAAAGCAUGUAGACUGUGUCUUUUGAUGGAUGUUAGGAUGAUUGAAAUCGAUGCAAAUCUGGAAAAUAGUAUGAAAUCCAUGUUAGGAAAAGACGUGAUCAACACAGAUAGCUUUCCACCGUACAUAUGUUUUGAAUGUGCUGCAUAUGUAAGAAAAUUUAAAAAGUUUAGAGAUAAAUGUCUGAUAGCUCAGUCAAUUCUCUAUACAUUGUUGAAAAGCAAGAAUAAAAUAACUGACCAAGAAAUUAGAAGUAUUGACAGAAAAAUGUUAAAGCUGCAAUCACAACUGACAUAUAUAAAGAUAACUUCAGAAGAAUCACAUAGGGAACAUUUAACCACAGUCAAAGUUGAACCUGAAUACAUUAUUUCCGAUGUGAUUGUGGAAGAAAACAUUAAGAAUGAAGUGGACAGCUUUGUUGAUGAUCAUAAUGAUGCACUCAGAAGUCAUUGUAAUGAUGACUCGAUUCCGGAAGUAGUAAAUAAAAAGGACAAACGGAAACGACCCCCGAGAAAGCAUAAAGAGAAAAAUUAUGGCAAUGUGGGGACGGUGACCGAGAGCAAUUUGACGCGGGAGCAGUGUGGGGGCGACGUUAUGUUGAAUGACGUCACAAUCACAAAUAGAUCUACACAGCAAUUGUUAAUCGAUAACUCAAAACCGAAUGUAACUGAUAAACAAGUUGCCCUUACGAGAGCCCAAGAGAAAGCGAAAGCCAGAAAACGCAGGUUUCUAGAAAAAAUGACGCCCGAACAAAAAGAGUUGAAGAGGAAAAAAGAUCUGCAAUAUUAUCAUAAAAGAAAAGCAGAAAAGAAGAAGAAUAUAGCUGAGAUGCCAGAAAAUCAGCGGACAAAGCUCAGGGAAUUGUGGAGAAUAAACUCCAAGAAAUACAGGGAAAGGAAGAAGAGAAUAGAGGUUCCUGUAGUCAAGAAUGAGGUAAUUAUAAUUCCGGAAAUCAAGAAGGAGGCAGAGGUGCCAGAAAUUAAGAAAGAAGUAGAAAUACCAGAGAUUAAGAGUCAGAUUGAAAUACCAGAAGUUAAAAAAGAAUUUAUACUGCUUCCAGAAAUUAAGAAUGAAGUUGAUUUUUUCGAUGAAUAGUCAAGAAUUAAAAACAAGCACAAUUACUGGCUUUAUAUUUGAUACUCAUCUUAAAAUUAAAAAAAUAUUUUAUUAUAAUAAAAAAUUGUAAGGUUCAUUCAUAAAAAAAAGAUAUAUCGAAAAAUAUUUAUAUUCAAAUAAAAAUUUUGAAUUUUGAUUAAUUUAAUCUUCAAUCAUUGAAUAGAAGCAUUUGAAACUGUAAUAAAUAUUAUUUUUUAAUCAUAAUUUCCUAAUAAAAACGCGGGAACUUUGAUUUUUUUUUUUAUUACUUUAUAUUCAUCACUUUUGAGGCCCUUCAAUGAACUUUUAUACUUUAUAAUGCCAUCUAGCGGUAAAAAAAGUAUUUUCUCCUUAUAAAUUUAAACAAUGACAUAAGGAUAAAAAAUAAGUACAGGCAAAAUGAUUAUCAUGCUAAAGUAUACAGUACUAAUGAGACAUAAAUACAUACAUUUAAUUUUCAAUGAAACAGUGUCUAAGUGAACAAUUUGAUAUCUAAACAAGACUGAAUGGAAAUUUUUGUUAUUAUGUUAAAAGUAUUUAAGAUUAAUGGUUUAAAAAAAGAAAGAAAGAAAUGAAGAAGCAUGGGAUUUACACAGUAGCACACAAAAGAAACAAAAACUAAACAAUAGUAUAAAAAUAAAAAUCGUUAUCUGCUCAAUUAAAGUCUAAAUUAAAAAAAAAAAAGAAUAAAUAAACUAAAAUAAAAGAAUUUCUCUAUUUUUAUUUGUUUAAAAAUUAUAUACUUACAUGAUUGGUAAAAAACCACUAUUAUAUUCGAGUUUCAUAGUGGAUUAAUUCGGAAUUCCUUACACAUAGUUGAUAAAACACUUUUAUCCAUGUCAUCUAUCUAAUACGUAUGUACAGAAAUAGAAUCCAUCCAAUAAACUAUAUCAUCACAUA